AUGGAUAAACUUUGUUUUCAUCUCGUGCUGCAAGCAUUUAUCCUGUUAUUUCUUUAUAAAUAUGCUCAAGGGAUCAAAUGUUACCAGUGCCACAACUGCAAUCACCCUGGAGUAGCUGAAAACAGCACCUGUGUCAUCGACGGCGGAUACUGUGUCUCGAUCAUUGUUCGAGAUAAGGAGAAAAAUAAAGAUGGAGUUGUUAUUAGUAACAAAGAAGUCAUUCGAAUCAGUCGCCGGUGCCUGGAGAAGGACAAGUUUUCACUGCAAGGCCGGGCUCUCAUGUGCUUUGUCAAUGAUGCCAUGAAACAUGAGCAGAAUGUGCGGUGCUGCAGAGACCAAGAUUUGUGCAACUAUGAGGUCCCUGAGUUAGCACCAUUACCAUCUGAGAGAGUUGAUAAGAGGGAAACAGAUUCUGGCGAUGGGAUGACCAAAAGUGUCAUCAUCAUAAUUUCUGUAAUUGUUGUGUUUAUAAUCAUCGUGGUCAUAGUUGUCAUCUAUCUGAAGAAGCGAUUAAGGCCUUAUGCACCACCACCGGAUCAGAACAUAGACACCAAUCCACUCAUGGGCUCUCAGCCAUCGUCUCUGAAAGAACUCUAUGACUGGUCACAGUCUGGAUCAGGCUCGGGUUUGCCUCUUUUGGUGCAGAGGACAAUUGCAAGACAGAUUCGACUGUGUGAGAUCAUUGGCAAGGGUCGCUACGGGGAAGUCUGGCGAGGAAACUGGCGUGGAGAGAACGUAGCAGUGAAAAUAUUUCCUUCUCGGGAGGAGAGGUCGUGGUUCAGGGAAGCAGAGAUUUAUCAGACUGUCAUGUUGAGGCAUGAGAAUAUCUUGGGAUUUAUUGCUGCUGAUAACAAAGACAACGGCACCUGGACCCAGCUGUGGCUGAUCACUGACUGCCACGAGAAUGGCUCUUUAUUUGAUUACCUCAACCGCCACACCGUCACUGCUGCCAGCAUGAUACGCCUGGCUCAUACGGCUGCUUGCGGGAUGGCUCAUCUACAUAUGGAGAUUUUAGGAGCCCAGGGUAAACCAGCAAUAGCUCACAGAGAUCUGAAGUCCAAGAACAUUCUGGUGAAGAGUAAUGGCACCUGCUGUAUAGCUGAUCUGGGUUUGGCUGUCCGCCAUGACUCAAAGACGGACAGUGUGGAUAUUGCCCCCAACAACCGGGUCGGCACAAAGAGGUACAUGGCUCCCGAAUGCCUGGAUGAAACCAUCAAUAUGAAUCACUUUGAGUCAUUCAAGCGAGCUGAUGUGUACUCGUUCGGCCUUGUCCUGUGGGAGAUUGCUCGUCGCUGCUCUGUGGGGGGAAUAUUUGAAGAGUAUCAGCUUCCUUACUAUGACCUGGUGCCCUCUGACCCAUCGCUGGAGGACAUGAGGAAAGUUGUCUGUGGGGACAAGCAGCGACCAGCCAUCCCUAACAGAUGGCAGAAUAUUGAGUCUCUCCGGGUGAUGGCUCGGCUGAUGAAGGAAUGUUGGUACAGCAACGCGGCAGCUCGCUUGACAGCAUUGAGAAUACGCAAGACUCUGGCUGGGCUGGCAGAGCAAGAGGAAGUCAAAAUCUAA